AUGGAACUGUUUUACUUUGACCAAAUCGAAACGAGGGGCGAGUUCACCGGGGGCAGCAGCAUCAGCAGUGGUGCCUCAGAGUGCGCGUAUCCCGGCGGAGGAGGAGGACUGGGGAGGUCGGCUCUGGCUUCCAACGCGCACCGGGGCCCCCAAACAGAGACAUGUUUUGUGUGCCAACAGCAGCAGCAAAAAUACGAGGAUGGAGCUGACGAUGUGGAACUUAUUGGGACGUGUCCAGAGACGUGUAGAUUAAGUGAAACUACAUCUAGUGAGUAUUACUUUAACGAGGAAGACGCGUUACAAGAGGACAUCCCCGAACUUUAUCUAUUAUCCGAUGAAGAUUUCAACUCCGAUGGGAAAUCUGUGGACUAUGGCUUCAUUAUUGCGGUCACGUGUUUGUUGACUGGCAUCUCUUUAGUGGCUAUUUCUUAUACUAUUCCUCGUGAUGUGAAGGUGGACCCCGACAGCGUGUCCGCGAGGGAGAUGGAGCGACUGGAGCGCGAGAAAGCCCGAGUUGGAGCGCAUUUGGACCGGUGCGUAAUUGCCGGAUUGUGCCUGCUGACACUAGGGGGCGUGCUUCUGUCCACUCUGCUCAUGAUAUCUAUGUACAAAGGCGAGAUGAUGAGAAGGAGAGCCUUUGCGUAUUCCAAGCACGCGGCCAAGUUGUACGGCUCCAUCGGUUUCAAAGCAGACUCCAGCCCCACGCGGGAAUCCCGGUUAGCAGAGGAGGAUUUGGAGGUGCUUAGCUGAUCUAUGAACACAGACUGUGAGAAUGAGCUGAUUAAGGCGCUGGUGCUGUUCUUAACGUGAGGUGAAGAGCUUUGAUCCCAUGUAUGUCUUAAUACUAAACUCCUUAAAAGUCCCCUAUGUAGGCUUUUACUCAAACAUUUUGAACUAGGCUACUUUUGGAUGACUCUUCUUGGUAUUUCACAGUUUACAGCUUAAAAUCUAUUGGAAUACAUAACAAGUUCAACAGAAUCAAACUUGAUUUUUGGUUUUAUUGACUUAUUGUAGCCAUUUUGGUCUUUUGUCCCUUACAGGAUGUCCCACUUUUUCAUUGA